CAGCGUCCGGCCGCCGGACCGAGACUCUGUGGCCGUGCCGACUGCGGGAGCGGCGCCGAGCCCCUUCCCCUGGCCUCCGCAGCCCACCCUCUGAGGCUCCUGAGCCCCUUCCCCAUGUCCUGCAACGGUGCUGCACAUGGUGAUGAGUUUCCGGGUAUCUGAGCUCCAGGUGCUUCUCGGCUUUGCUGGCCGGAACAAGAGUGGACGGAAGCACGAACUCCUGGCCAAGGCCCUCCACCUCCUCAAGUCCAGCUGUGCCCCCAGCGUCCAGAUGAAGAUCAAGGAGCUUUACCGCCGGCGCUUUCCCCGGAAAACCCUGGGGCCCUCUGACCUCUCCCUGCUCUCUCUGCCCCCUGGCACCUCUCCUGUAGGCUCCCCUGGCCCGCUCACUCCCAUUCCCCCUGCCCUCCUGGCCCCUGGCACCCUGUUGGGCCCUAAGCGGGAGGUGGACAUGCACCCCCCUCUGCCCCAGCCUGUGCAUCCUGACGUCACCAUGAAGCCACUGCCCUUCUAUGAAGUCUACGGGGAGCUCAUCCGGCCCACCACCCUUGCAUCUACGUCUAGCCAGCGGUUCGAGGAAGCACACUUCACCUUUGCCCUCACUCCACAGCAGGUGCAGCAGAUUCUGACAUCCAGAGAGGUUCUGCCAGGAGCCAAAUGCGAUUAUACCAUCCAGGUGCAGCUAAGGUUCUGUCUCUGUGAGACCAGCUGCCCCCAGGAGGAUUAUUUCCCCCCCAACCUCUUUGUUAAGGUCAACGGGAAACUGUGCCCCUUGCCGGGCUACCUUCCCCCCACCAAAAAUGGGGCUGAGCCCAAGAGGCCCAGCCGCCCAAUCAACAUCACACCCCUGGCUCGACUCUCAGCCACUGUUCCCAACACCAUCGUGGUCAAUUGGUCAUCUGAGUUUGGACGGAAUUACUCCUUGUCUGUGUACCUGGUGAGGCAGUUGACUGCAGGGACCCUUCUACAAAAACUCAGAGCAAAGGGUAUCCGGAACCCAGACCAUUCCCGGGCACUGAUCAAGGAGAAAUUGACUGCUGACCCUGACAGUGAGGUGGCUACCACGAGUCUCCGGGUAUCACUCAUGUGCCCGCUCGGGAAGAUGCGCCUCACUGUUCCUUGUCGCGCCCUCACCUGCGCCCACCUGCAGAGCUUCGAUGCUGCCCUUUAUCUGCAGAUGAAUGAGAAGAAGCCAACGUGGACAUGUCCUGUGUGUGACAAGAAGGCUCCCUAUGAAUCUCUUAUCAUUGAUGGUUUAUUCAUGGAGAUUCUAAAUUCCUGUUCGGACUGUGAUGAGAUCCAGUUCAUGGAAGAUGGCUCCUGGUGCCCAAUGAAGCCCAAGAAGGAGGCGUCUGAGGUUUGCCCCCCGCCAGGGUAUGGGCUGGAUGGCCCCCAGUACAGCCCAGUCCAAGAGGGAGCUCCAGCAGAGAAUAAGAAGAAGGUGGAAGUGAUUGACUUGACAAUAGAGAGCUCCUCAGAUGAGGAAGAUCUGCCUCCCACCAAGAAGCACUGUCCCGUCACCUCGGCUGCCAUCCCAGCCCUGCCGGGAAGCAAAGGGGUCCUGACGUCUGGCCAUCAGCCGUCCUCGGUGCUGCGCAGCCCUGCUAUGGGCACACUGGGCGGGGAUUUCCUGUCCAGCCUCCCACUGCACGAGUACCCACCUGCCUUCCCCCUGGGGGCCGACAUCCAAGGUUUAGACUUAUUUUCUUUCCUUCAGACGGAGAGUCAGCACUACGGCCCCUCUGUCAUCACCUCUUUGGAUGAACAGGAUGCCCUUGGCCACUUCUUCCAGUACCGAGGGACCCCCUCCCACUUCCUGGGCCCACUGGCCCCCUCGCUGGGGAGCUCGCACCGCAGCUCCACUCCAGCAACUCCUCCUGGCCGGGUCAGUAGCAUUGUGGCCCCCGGGGGGGCUUUGAGGGAGGGGCACGGAGGACCGCUGCCCUCAGGGCCCUCCCUGACUGGCUGCCGGUCUGACAUCAUCUCCCUGGACUGAGUCCCUUGGACUGUGGAGCCUGUGCUGCCCCCCACCCCACAGCAGGUAUGCUGUGGCCACCUGACCUUUCUGGGGACUGUGGUCAGAGGUCAGACCCAACUUUUCCUGGAGACCUACUGGUGGCCUCAUCUUUGCCUGACAAGGCCAGCACCCAAAGGGUUAAUAUUUAACCUCUUCAAGGACAUGGAGGGGUCUAUUUUUGGAAAUAUUCUUCAGAUGGCCACACAUUCCUUUGGGUACCUAGGCCAACAGGAGGGGGUGUGAGUGGGGGGGAGGGGCUGAACCCCUGGCCUCUACUACGUGUAAAGCCUCUAAAGCCUCUUGGCGGAGGGGCCUUCUCUUCCCAUCCCCCAAACCCAAACCUUCAUUGUUUCUUCUUGUCUAUUCCGCUCCCUUUGGCCAUGCAGAUGAGAUGGAGAAACUGAGACAGGCGAUUUCAGAGAUGGACAGAGAACUCUAUUUUGGGUUGCAGAUAUUUUGUACAUAAACAAGAAAAACCAAAAUACUCCAAAGAUGACUUUCCCAACCUCCUACUUCCCAGUAUAACUGAGGAGAUGAGGCCUUAGCCAUGAUCCCCAGGGGUUUGGAAGCAGGGCCUAGCCUCUUGCCUGGGUCUCUAUUUAUAUAUUUAAGUUCACAGUGUUUCUUAAGCUGACCAGCCUGGGGCCUAAGCGUCUAGAGGCCCAUGGCCCUGUGGUCAGGCCUGGCUUAUUCUGCACCUUUCCUGGGAAGUGGGGGGGACCCACGUGCCCUCCUUUGUCGGGCCCCUCCAGGGCCCAGCAUACAUGUUGCAAUUUUACUUUGUAUUCCCAAAGUUGUAGCAGGUUUCUCACCCAUAAUAAAGGUUGUGAAUGUUC